AUGUUUGACAUCGACACGGACUCGGACGACGACUUUGGCGGUGGUGGCGGUAGAUCCGGCCGAGGUGGUGGUAAGAAGCGACAUGCCGGUCAACCGCCUGUCACCGACCUCCACUCGCUCAACGAGGAGAUCCGCCACUUUAUGCGCGACUUGGGCAAGACCACCAUGAAAUUACCAGCGAUGGACAAGUUCAGCCGGAAACAGGUGCACGAGAUGGCCGAGUGCUACUCGUUGAAAUCACAGAGCAAGGGCAAAGGACGGGAUAGGUUCCCCAUCCUUAUCAAGACGUCCCGCUCAAGCCUCGAGAUGGUCACUGUCCGCUCGGAACGCAAGCUACAGGGUAUCCUCGGCGGGGCUCGGUCGAACGGCGACUUUUACAAGUCCAAGUACGGCAAGAAGGACAAAGCUGCUUUGCCAGGGUCAACGGCUAGGACUGGCGCCGGUACGCAACGCCACAAGGACGGUGAUGCUGUGGGAGGUGGCGCCUCGGCCAUCGGUUCCGAUAACAUCGGUCAUAGGCUGCUCAGUAUGAUGGGUUGGACCGAAGGUGACCGUAUCGGCAGAUCCGGCGGUCUGGACGUUCCAAUCGUGGCUAUUGUCAAGAACACAAAGUUGGGUCUCGGAGCAUAG